GCGUGCAUUUUAGACAGCAUUUUUUUAACUUUCCCUUGGACCAGCAGAAAACAAGCGCCGCUCUUCCGUCUUCAGUUGGGCCACCCGCAUUCACAUUGUUUUUAUCAAAUACCUGCUUUUUUUUGUUUUCCCCUCCUUCUUUCGCUCCUGCUUUGUGGCAGUUUUAGUAUUCAUUUAGGAAUCUCAAAAAAGUAAAAACAAAUAGGCACAAACGACAACAACAAGAAGCGACUACGUGCAUCGUGCACCACCUCUUAUUUUCACAGCUCGUUCAGCUCCGCGUUUCCGUUCCCCGCUCCCUCCGCGAGCCCGCCCCGUUUGUUCUUCUCCGUCCUCUUCUUUUUGUUUUUCUCCUUAGCCACGUGCCUCCCUGCGCACCACUUACGGACAAGGGUAGCAAACGGCAAGGCCGACCAAAGAACGAGAAACAAAAAAAUUUCUUCUUCUUACCUUAGGCGUUCACGUACUGUGGUGUUUUUGACAGUCACGCGCGUGCGUAUCGUAACGUGGCUGUUAGAAAGCGGAAAGCACGAUCAGUUACAGCUUUGUCCCCCCCCCCUCCUUCCCGAAACAAUCCCUACCGUGACCGUCGCCUUCAACUGCUGUAAUUUUCUUUUCUUCUUCUCCUCUUUCGGCUGCUGUGGUAGUCGUCAUCCACGCAGCACUACUUGGGGCUAUCGUGUGUUAGGACGGUGUGUGUGCCGCUCUUUUUCGAAAGAGAAAAAACCUUUCUUUUUCUUCUUGGCAGAUGUUGCGUCGUGCCCAGCUUUCGUCUGUGGCGUUGCGCCGCACCGCCGCAGCGGCAACGGGCUCUGCUGCCGUGGCUGCGUGGUGGACCGGCCCGCUGCUGCCGCUGCCGUCGCUGCCGUCGUCGUCGUCGCCGCUGCGCACGAGCGUGCGUCGCGUGCACGGUGAGAUGCGCCACGUGAACACCGACACCGACAACACUCGCAUCCCGUGGGACUUCACGACGACGAGCUACGAAAAGAUCCACAACGAAAUUCUCCCGAAGUUCCCGCGCGGCAAGCGCAUCUCGGCAACGAUUCCGCUGCUGCACCUCGCCCAGCAGCAGCAGGGCGGGUACAUCCCGGUCACCGCCAUGUACAAGAUCGCAAAGAUCUGCGAGGUGCCGCCGAUGCACGUGUUUGAGACUGUCACCUUCUACUCCAUGUUCAACCGCCAUCCCGUGGGCAAGUAUCACAUCCAGUUCUGCCGCACCACGCCGUGCAUGCUGUGCGGCGCAGACGAGUUGACGGAGCGCGCGAUGCGAUACUUGAAUGUACGCAUGCACGGCACGACGAGCGACGGCCUCAUCACCGUGGGCGAGAUGGAGUGCCUCGGCGCGUGUGCGAACGCGCCGAUGUUGGUGGUGAGUGACUACAGCAACCCGCCGCACUUCUCGUACGACUACGUGGAGGACCUCACGUGGGACAGCAUCAAGACGUUGAUUGAGGACCUGCGGGCGGGGAAGCCGUUUAAGGUUGGGACGCAGCGGACCGACCGCCGGUACGCGGAGCCGGCGGGUGGCCGCACGUCCAUCUUCUUCAAGGAGCCGCCAGGACCGUACUGCCGUGACCUUGAUGCGAAGCCCGAGGAGAAGAAGGCCGAUGCAGCGCCGAAGAAGUAA